AGUAUACCCUUUCUCCGUGGACAGACUCAUUCAGUUUGUGUGUGGAAGUCUGACAGGUGUCCAACAUUUAUCGGUAAACAGGCGUGGAUAGGCUAUAAUUUAAUACAAUGAUCGUCAAGUUUAUUUGUGCGACCAUCACAAGGUCACUUUUUAUUUUGGUGUCACUUAUGGGAGUUUGGAGAGUGACCCAUGUGAAGAAUGAUAAACUCUACUGGCUUCUCACCAUCCUAUACCUGCCACUCGUAGUUGAAAUGAUUAUAACUCUGAAGAGAAGAAAAGGAAGCGACUACAAAUGGUUUUCCCCCGCUAUUGUCCUGUUUCUUCUUAGCAUCAUUCCAACCAUAUGGAUUUUAGAGUUGCAUCACCAACACCACAAAUCUGAGGAGAAGAAGUGUGGCCGUCUGGAUUCUCCAGAGAGCAUCGAGAAAAUGAUGAACGACUGGAGGAACUCAUCUAAUCAAAGUGAACCCUUUACGAUGCGGAUGCGGAUGCUCUCCUCGGUGUGUGCCAACGACUGGAUCCUGGCGCUGCACCAGAUGAUGCUCAUCCUGCUGAUCGUGGGGAAGUGGCUUCUGCCCAGCGGCGUCGGGGUCACUCGUGACCAGCUCUCUCAGCUGCUGCUGGUCUUCGUGGGCACUGCCGCCGACAUCCUGGAGUUCACCAGCGAGACGCUGUCCGAUGUCAAGCAGAGAAGCCCUCAUCUGGUUUAUAUCAUCCUGGCCGUCUGGACUUGGAGCAUGUUGCAGUUCCCUCUCCAUCUAUCAGUGAUGACCUCAGAUCCAGAGGACUCCGCAGCCCAGGGCAACUCCAUCCUGUCCCGCCACGGUGGCGACAUCUGGCAGAUCGUGGAGAGCCUCUUCAUCCAGGACGGUCCCUUCCUGGUCGUGCGCCUCACCGUCAUGUUCCACUUCAGCAUUGUCCAUCAGAUGCUCAUCUUCUUCACCAUCAAGAACUUCCUGGUGGUCAUCCUCAACUUCUACCGCCUCUUCGUUAUCUGCCAGGACUACAAAUCAUCCAUGUGAGUCACUAAGAGACAUGUGAGUAAAUCAAAGGACCAGCCGGAGGGGCCAACACUGAUUAGUACGCACACUCUCUCUCAAGAUGCGAUGAGAUCUGUCGUGAAGAUUUUUAGUGCUGUUGGGAAUAAACAUCAAAUUUCCAACGUAUAAUUAUUUGUUUGCCAUGUAGAUGCCAGAGGUCAAUUAGGGGAAGAUCAUGUGCAAAUUACCUCUCUGGGGAACUUUAGAACACAAAUGCAUCUCCAAAGACCAAUGACUUGAAAGGACCUAAACAAUUUGAAAUCUGAGUUUCUGAGUAAAUCUGAGUAAAGUGAAACAAAUUGGCAUUAUUGCUCGUAAUUGCUUGUUAUUGUUCGUAAGUAUAUUGUAUAUUGUCAAGUAUUAGUCCCUGAUCAGUAAUGCUGUUGGAUGUCUUGUUUGCAUGAUGCUUCUCGAUGUGUAGGCCUAUUAUAUAGCUGCCAGACCAUCAACAGAAACCUCUUUAUCCACGUGUUUGUACUUGUGAUAUUUUUUAAAAUAAAACGAAACAGUUCCUCUAAAAUCUCUGUGGUAAUGGUGUGAACUGUGAAGGCGCAAUUUUUGCAGCAACUAUUGUGUAUGUGUAUGUGUCUGUGUGUAUGUGUAUGUGUAUUUGGAUCUCUUGGUGGCAUGUCAGACCUGAUUAGAUCACAACAAAUGCUGUUUUUGGACGAGCCAAAAGAAAACAAGGCCAGGUGUCUUGCAUCUCUGUUACUGUUGGCAUUAUUGCUCGUAAUUGCUCGUUUUUGCUCGUAAGUAUAUUGUAUAUUGUCAAGCAUUAGUCCCUGAUCAGUAAUGCAGCAUGCCUUUGUUUUGCUUUACUCGGCUGCAAAACAGGAGAGAAGAGAAUA